AUGAACUGUCAUCUAAUCAUUUUCACAUUGCUCGUGGAAUUUCACGAAAAAAGCAGCAAAUACGACAUUUAGAAAAAAUAUAAAAAGAAAUAGAAAAAAAUAGAAUUUCAUUGAAAUUCCGCAUUUUAUACUGUGUUUCAUACCGACAACUAUUAAACAAUCAAAUAAAACACCAUGAAUAAAUUGUGUUCAUUGAAAAAUCUACAAAAAUUGAUAUACCCAGGUCAUCGUUCAUUGGGCACAACAAAUGCCAAGCUCCAGUCAGUGGAUGAACCGAAAGUCGACGAGACUCCGGCCAAUGUGAUUGAGUUUGAAGAAUUCCAACUGGACCUAACGUAUGGACAAAUAACCGGCCGAUGGUGGGGUUCAAAAAAGAAGCGCCCAAUAUUAAUGUGUCAUGGUUGGCAAGAUUGUGAAGGUUCGUUCGCGACUCUGAUCCCAUUGUUACCGCCAGAAUUCAGCUACCUUGCGAUCGAUUGGCCGGGUCAUGGUUUUUCAUCACAUCUCCCGCCGGGCUGUUAUUAUCACACCGUGGAUUUUAUCGUAAUUUUAGAAGAAAUUCGUAUAAAAAUGAAAUGGGAACGUAUCAGUCUGAUAGGUCACUCGAUGGGUGCGAUUGUUUCGUUUUAUUACGGUGCAAUUUUACCCGAAAAUGUCGACUUAAUUGUUGCAUUAGACACACUCAAGCCCCAAAAUUAUCCGCCACACACCACGGAGAAAUUAUACACAUUCCGAGCAACUCAACUCAUCAAUUUGAUGGGCAAGUUAAAAGAACAUGCACCUGAAUACACUUAUGAUGAGUUAGGGCAGCGGGUCCUUGACGGAUCCUACCAAUCUGUGGACAUCGAUAAAGCAAAAUAUAUGUUCAGCCAUGGUAUAAAACCAUCUAAAAAUAAUCCAAAUAAAUUCUAUUUCACCAGAGACGUUCGGGUCAAGUACAUGCAACCAUUUUACAUUGCACAAUCGGUCGCAGCGGAAUAUAUAAAACGAAUUCAAGCCGCUUAUUUAUUCAUCAAAUCGGAUGAUCGGAUCUUUCGAGAACCAGAAAAAAAUAUACUCGAAUCAAUCGAACUGUUUAAACGAUACAAUAAAAAUUUUGACAUGUUAAAAAUACCCGGAACACAUCACGUUCAUCUAAAUCAACCCGAAUUAAUGGCAGAGAAAAUUGGAACAUUUCUUCAUAAACACUAUAUUUUCGAGGAACAAAAGUGCAUUGAAUUGAAAUGCAAAUUAUGAAUUGAAAAUAGAUUUGAUCAUUAUCGUUUGAAAUUAUCGUACGAUUUAUGGAUAAGUAAAAAUAUUUAUAAUUGGGUAUAGUGGACUACGGGAUCGCAUUUUUAUCUGGAUGAUCUGUUUUUUUUUCAUUCACUCCAAAUUUUUAUUGGACACAAUUUGUUAGCAAUUGUUUUGAUUACCAAUUAAGUUGAAGUAUUUUUUUUAUAUAUUUAUUUUACUGCCUUAUCACAAGCCAUCCAAAACUGGAAUCAUCUCUAUCUUUGUACAAAAUAUCUACCGUAAAAUAUUUUACGGUAUUUUACUUUUUGAAUCUGCUUUUAAACGAGAAUUUAAGUUUAAACACCAAAAUGGGAACGGG